AUGGCCUGGAAGAGGCAAAAGCUGCUUGCUCGUUUACACGAUAGGGGGUGCUCAACUCAACCUGGAUCAAAUAGUAAAUUUGACGUCUCGCUGGUUAAUGCCAAUUAUGUUGACAAAGCGCAACGAGCCGCGCAGGCACAUCUUAAAAGAGACAAUGUGGCGUUCAGAAUGGUGCUUCCUCCACCGAAUGUUACCGGCCAACUACAUCUUGGCCAUGCACUUACGGUGACUGUCGAAGAUGCGAUUGUACGGCAACAACGGCUUCUCGGGCGUUCGACUCAAUGGAUUCCGGGAUUCGACCAUGCCGGAAUUGCCACGCAAUCAGUUGUCGAAAAGAUGUUGUGGAAAGAGAAACGACUCCGCCGAAUUGAUCUUUCGCGAGAGGAAUUUGUUGAAGAAUGUAAAAAAUGGGCUAAAAGAAAUUCCAAUCAAAUAGCCGAGCAACUAAAACGAUUGGGUGCCUCUCUCGAUUGGACAAGCCAGUAUUACACAUUGGAUGAGAGAUUCUCCCGUGCCGUUAGUGAGGCAUUUUGCCGUUUACACGAGGAUGGUCUCAUUGCACGAGGAAAACAAUUUGUACAUUGGUGUCCAUCUCUUCAAACAGCCCUAUCCGACCAGGAAGUAAAUCGCGUCGAAGCAGGUCGAAUUUCUAUACCAUCAUCAAACGGAGGAACUCGAUCAAUUGAGGCUGGAGUAAUGUACAAAGUCUGUUACGGCACGAUGGAUAACAAAUGGACUGUGGAAGUGGGCACGACUCGACCCGAGACUUGUUUUGCUGAUGUGGCUCUUGCUGUACAUCCGGAUGAUCCUCGACAUGCACAUUUGAUUCACACCUUGGUUCAGCACCCUUUACUAGACAGACAAAUGCCAGUAAUCGCUGAUCGUGCUGUUCUAAUUGAUAAAGGAACUGGUAUUGUCAAACUGACACCAGAACACGAUCGUUUGGAUGCGGAUAUUGUUUCGAGACAUCUUGAUGAGAUUACAACCCUAACAAGCUCAUGUAUUAAUGAACAUGGAUUGAUAACACCGGGAACUUAUCCAAAAUUUGACGGCUUAGAUCGAUUCGCGAUGCGAGAAAUGAGG